GCGACUGACUUUGACUUGGCCAUAGGAGAACAACCUAAAGUAGAAAUACUCUUGUUGGGGUCUUGUGUCGUUUCCGAAAGGGGCAAUUAGCCAUUAUGUGCGAUGUUGAGCGUAUGUUCCACCAGUUUUAUGUUGCUCCUAAGGAUCGGGAUUAUCUCAGGUUCUUAUGGUGGGAGGAAGGCAACAUGGAAACCCCACCAACAGUUUUUCGGAUGAGAGUCCACUUGUUUGGAGCUGCCUCCUCACCUGGAUGUGCAAAUUUUGGGCUCAAGUAUCUUGCUGCGCAAGGUGAAGGCAAGUUUAGUCAAGCCACAGUAAAGUUUAUACAGCGUAAUUUUUAUGUGGACGAUGGCUUAGCAAGUGUGGACACUGAAGCAGAGGCAAUCCAGCUUGUAAAGGAAGCUAGGGAUCUCUGCAAUACUGGUAAGCUCCGCUUGCAUAAAUUCAUCACCAACAGCAAGAAAGUGACUGCCACAAUUCCAAAGGGGGAAUGUACUGAAGGUGCGACUGACUUUGACUUGGCCCUAGGAGAACAACCUAAAGUAGAAAGAGUGCUCGGAAUUCAGUGGUGCAUAACUUCAGACAAGUUUCAUUUCAGAGUGCAAGUAAAGGAAAAACCUUUUACUAGAAGAGGAGUCUUGUCUACAGUUGCUUCCAUUUUUGAUCCUCUUGGAUUCAUCGCUCCCUUCAUUCUAGUUGGGAAAAGAAUCUUACAAAGGAUGUGUCAAGACAAGACGGGCUGGGACGAACCACUUCCUGAUGACCUCAAGCUGCAUUGGGAAGCUUGGCUGCGAGACCUUCAUAACCUGUCUUUGGUAAAGAUUGCACGUUGUUAUGUGCCAUCAUCAUUCAAGGAUGUCCAGCAAUAUGAGCUACAUCAUUUUUCAGACGCCAGUGUGUCAGGCUAUGGAGUAGGUUCAUAUCUUAGAUCUGUAAACAAGUCUGGAGAAGUCUACUGCACUCUUGUUAUGGGUAAAGCUAGGGUUGCCCCAACAAAGGUAACGACAAUCCCCAGGUUGGAGCUCUCAGCUGCAGUGGUCGCCACAAGGAUUGGUGAUCUGCUCAAAAGAGAACUAGAAUUGGAUGUCAUUGGUGAAUACUACUGGACCGACUCCAAGGUUGUCCUUGGUUAUAUUAACAAUGAUGCACGACGGUUCCAUGUAUUUGUCUCCAAUCGAAUUCAGCAGAUCAGGACAAGCACUAAGCCUUGCCAAUGGGGAUAUGUUGCUUCAGAUCAAAACCCAGCGGAUCAUGCCUCUCGUGGACUCACCGUAAAGGAACUUAUGGGCUCGAAUUGGUUUACUGGUCCAAGUUUUCUAUGGCAAAAAGAACUGCCUAAGGGAGACAUUAUGGUGGGAGAAAUUGAUGAUGGAGACCCAGAGAUCAAAAGGGCACAGGUUCUUAUGGUAAAGGCAAAUGAAGAAUGGUCUCUUUCAGAUCGCCUACGAGGGUUUUCAGAUUGGAAGAGAGCAGUGAAAGCUAUAGCAAGACUCAAACGUUAUGUAAGCGGUGUAAAAGGUUUGGAAGAAAGAUCAAACAAAUCCACAACACUUGAAGAAAGAAUGAAUGCUGAACAAUUCAUAAUUCAUAUGGUCCAAGAAGAAGUGUUCAGUGACGAAAUCAAGUCACUAAGACAAGGGAAAGAAGUUCAUUCAAAUAACAAGCUUUACAAGUUAAGUCCAUUUAUCGAUGAUCAUGAUAUCUUACGGGUUGGAGGCAGAUUGACAAAGGCAGAACUUCACCCUCAUAUCAAGCAUCCAGCCAUUCUUCCUAAAAAGCAUCAUGUAUCUCAUUUACUCAUCAAACACUUCCAUGAGAAGGUACAACAUCAAGAUCGUGGCAUGACCAUCAAUGAAAUCCGGUCCAAUGGUGUUUGGAUCCUGGGAUGCAGUAGUGAAGUAUCAUCUUUCAUCUACAAAUGCAUUAAGUGUAGGAAGCUAAGGAAAUGCAAUCAGGAGCAAAAGAUGGCUGACCUGCCACCGGAAAGGAUGGAAGCUACACCUCCGUUUACUUACAGUGGCAUGGACUGCUUCGGACCAUUUUAUGUUAAAGAGGGAAGGAGAGAGUUGAAGAGAUACGGACUCUUGUUCACCUGCAUGUGUUCUCGUGCUGUUCAUCUUGAGGUGCUGGAUGAUCUUAGCACUGAUGCCUUUCUUAAUGCACUGCGUUGCUUUAUUUCUAUACGUGGCAAUGUAAGUCAGCUGCAUAGUGAUCAAGGUACCAACUUUAUUGGUGCAAAGAGAGAGUUCCUAGAGUUGAUGAAGCAAAUGGACCAAAAACGUGUGAAGGAGUUAGGCUGUACCUUUGUCAUGAACCCACCCGCUUCCAGUCACAUGGGUGGUGUCUGGGAGAGACAGAUCCGUACUGUAAGGAGUGUACUGACGUCCAUUCUAGACCAGUCUGCAGCGAGACUGGACAGUUCUUCCUUAAGAACAUUCAUGUAUGAAGUAAUGGCAAUUGUAAAUAGUCGACCAUUGACCUUAGAACAUAUCAAUGAUCCUGUGGGACCAGAACCAUUGACGCCAAACCAUAUACUUACAAUGAAGCCUACCAUCAUUGCACCACCUCCUGGAGAGUUUGUAAGGGAAGAUCUCUAUCUUCAGAAGAGAUGGAAAAGAGUUCAAUUUUUGGCUAAUGAGUUUUGGUCCAGGUGGAGAAAGGAAUAUCUAUUAAGUUUGCAGCAAAGAUGUAAGUGGAAUAAGAGCAGGAGAAACACCAAGAUAAAUGACAUUGUUCUACUUCAAGAUGACUUGGCCCCACGAAAUCAAUGGAAGCUAGCAAAAGUAGUAGAAGUCUUCCCAGGAACUGAUGGUAGGGUGAGAAGACUUAAACUUCUUGUUAGCGAUUCAACACUAGAUAGUAAGGGUGCACGCACAAGUAAGCCAGUCUACCUAGAAAGACCUAUACACAAAACAGUGUUACUUCUUGAAGCUGAUUAAAGGGUUAAGUUUGAUAAGAAUACAUGUAUGCUAAUGUGUAUACGAUGUUUCCCCUUGGUGUGUGUAAGUUCCUGCUGAUUUACUUGAACAUUCAGAACUUUGAUUAAGAAUCACACAUUGUGUGAUGGUGGGAGUGUAUUUGCUGUCACAAAGUUUUUUAUGUUUAAUGUUUAUUUUCCACUAGAUGGCAUUUAUGUACCUUAGCACUCAUUUACACAAGUAACUUUUGGUUAAUUUAAUUUUGUGUAUUUUGAUAUUUUGAUUAUUUUCUAAUGUUUAUUGUGUUUCUAUACUGAAUUGAUGUUUAUUUGAGCAAGAUUUAUUUUUUCUAAGAGAUUAUUGGUUAUUUUAUUUUACUCCCAUCAUGCCUUUAUAUGUCACUUCCUGGUUUGUCACUUCCUGUUUUGUUAACCACAUGAAGAGAUGGAGCAAUGUAAGCAUUGCUAACUUAAGAGUGUUUCUAUCUAUAUCAUAUGCCAUCCAACCAAGAAAAUUCAAGAUAUAACCCCCUCUCUUAGCUCACAAGCAGGCAAAAGUGUUCUACGGUGUUGGUGUUGAAGUUGAUGUCUGUAUUGGUGUCUAUGUCGAUGAAUGCAUUAAACAUCUGUGAAAAAGAACCUCAGCCUUCGCAAUGUGACUAAGGGCG